AGGUUCUUGUGGUGGAGAAUCUAUCUUGUUAACACUGAGAAAAAAGUCAAUCGAUUCAUCCCGCGGGUAGGUGUUCUAGGCCUAUUUAUUAGGGAUGCACAGAAUGGAAUCAGUCAGUCAAUCAAUCACUCAAGCAAAAGGACCAAGGGUUCAAGACUAGGGUCUCCGAGUUGUGGAUCUGGGAUUUGCAGAUUUUCAGCUGCGUGGAACCUCCAUGGACGAUUUUGCACUUCUAAAAUGAACUCCAGAAGAGGAAAUAUAUCGGUUUUUUUCACUAAGCAUUCCAGAAGAGCACGAAAUAUAAUGCCUUUUUUCAUGAGACUACUCUGCUCUUUGGCCACCGUCUUGUUUAUGCCGACCAGCGCAGCAAGUAGUAGUGACGUUGCGACUAGCAACGCGACUAACUGCGACUUUGGUCAAUCGACUUCGCACUUACGAUCUGGUGCCCGUGCUACGAUAUGCGUCUUUAUCGACACUGCUUCGGGUGUAAAAAAAAUGGUCUACAGCGUGAAAGUGGAUGAACACGCUUCGCUGACGCUGACAGGGUCGCAGGGGCUGACCGACAGUGCAAUACAUUAUGUUGGACAGUGCAACAUUACUAAGUCAUGUCAAAGAAACACGAAUUACUUUUUCCAUGAUCUCGAGUACCUGUAUCGGGACAACUAGGGCAUCCUCUCUUUAUACGUGGCAUUGCAACAUCCUUUGUUCUAUUUUAUUCUAGUUAUCCUCUCCUGGCUGGAACGAUAACAUAGGAAAAAAAGCUGAGGCAAAAAAAAAAUUGAUUUCGUGCUCAUAGAGAUAUAUUUAGAUUUCCAUUUUCUCUUCAUAUAAAGGGAGAAAACAGUCGUGUCUAUGCUUGGGCUGCAGCAGCGGGAGAAGGCUCGGCACAUCCCAUCUCUUGCAGCGGCAACGACCUUCGGCGAAAUCGUGUGACGUGCCCACAAAUCUAUCGACAAGGAAGCAAAAUCGUGCCCUUCGUCAGGUUUUUCUAUUCUUUUAGUUUGUGCAAUAUCUCGACUUGUUCAUGAAUUAUAGGGUUAAUUAGUAGUCUGCUCUCAUUCUAUAGUUUGUAGAAUCAAACAUCGAUACGUCUUCGCGGUCCAAUAUAAAGUAUGAGGUAUCGACAAGGAAGCAAAAUCGUGCCCUUCGUCAGGUAGAGAAUUCCGAAAAUAAGGUUGUCUGAGUUUCUUUUGUCCGGGCCUUUGCAAUAAGCCUUUUUUUUUCUAAUCAUGACUAAGUGGGUUCCAAUAGUGAGUAGGUGGAUUCCCAUGAUUAGUAGGUGGAUUAGAAGCUCGGUAGUUUAGUCCCUUUCAAUAUCUUUCUUUACCCUUUUCCUACAAUCAGUUUGGUUAUCAACGUCUCUGAGGGCGCGGUGAAGAGCUUGGUCUGGGACAACCUGUGUCCGAAUUUUAGGGCCUUUUAGAUUUUUUAACAAGUCCUCCCGGGUUAAUCAGUUCUUCUGGGAUAAGGUGGCCAUCACUGAGUGGGUUAGAGGAGGUCUUAGGGUUCAGUUAGAGGAUGACCUAGGGUUCAGUUAAAAGUCAUUCUUAAAUACUUCGGGUUCAGUUAUCACUGAUAUUAAGGUCAAAAUUGUACGUGGUUUUUUAAUCAGGACAUUCUGGGAUUACCUGUGCCCGAAUGAAUCAAUCCGAUGCCCUCCAUCACAAAGUGAUUAUCACUAUUGUACGCAUGAGGUAAGAUGCUCCUUGCGAUCUUCAUCAUCAUUAUAUCUAUCCUAAUUUUAGUUGAAAAACUUGCUUCUAAGCAAUGCUCAGACGAUGCUUGCUUACGGUCUCAAACAGCACUGGACGAAAAGUACGAGCCGACUGGAGAAGCCAGAGAUGUCUCGAAAACUUGCUCACAUUAAGAUGAACAUGAUCAGAGACGAUAAAUUGGUGGUCGUGGUUUGCGUCAGUAAAAAGUGUUAAUUUCAUUACCGAUCGGAUUUUUUCACAGGGCUUUGUCUAUGAUUUUUAUCUGCUCUCCAUUAUAUCACUGAAAGUGUUCAAUGAGAGAGCUCUCUAUGGUGGGAUUUUUCACAACAAGUCUAUCAUUACUAUGAUUGAUCUACCUCUUGUUAGGUACAUCGACCUCUUGUCAGGUACAUCUACCCUCGAAACGCUACCUCUUGUUAGGUACAUGAGUGAAUCUAUCUACUUCCUCUUCAUAUUCCGGAUACGUCUGGGUUAGAGCAAGCACAUGAUUUCAAGAUCUUUUUAACGUGGGCUGGCACCGAUGUAAACGGCAGACACUGUAAAAGUUCCGCUUUCCGGUUUAGUAGGUUUGCUGGCUCAACUCUGAGCGACAUGUAUCGGUUUACGACCGAUUCGUAUCAUAGUGCAUGGGGGGACGACUGAAGAUUCUUGUCACAGUGCAUGCGGAGAUGAGUAAGAUUGUAGUGCAUGGGGAGACGACAACGACUAAGGGUUCAUAAUAUAGUGCAUGGGGGGACGACUGAAGAUUCUUGUCACAGUGCAGGGGUAGAUGAGUAAUGAUUUUCAUCCGAGGUUCACCACUGACUUCUAUCGCGAUGCAUGGGGAGGAUUCAUAAUGUAGUGCAUGGGGAGAAGAUGACUAAUCAUAGUGCAUUAGUGCACGGGGAGAUGACUAUUUAUAUUUCAAAUACAGAUCAUUCUUUCUACCACAGUGCAUGGGGACAUGACUGCUCGCUCUCCAUCUUCCUUCAUCUUAGGAACCACAAGACUUAUGUUUGCACCUUCAUAGCUGCACAUUCAUAGAUUAUUAUAAAUAUAAACUGACUUUCAUUCAGCUGAUCUCGUUCUGGUCUCUUCGUAUAGAGCUCUUUUGUAU